CCCGUUUAAAUCAUCCGGUUUGCAUGAUGUCGGUGCUGGUUAAAAACAAGCAUGGCUGGUUUUUGGAUGCGAGUUCACUCGUGGAUCAGUGGUAUUCACGCUGUGUUCGUUUUAAGGACACGCAGAAGUCCCGUGUCAAGUGCAGUUUUAAAAGACAGUGUUUCCAGAUCUUAAAAAGCCAUUACAGUGUGAAAGCAGAGGCUGCUGUUGAUGGAGGUAAAUCGGAAGUGUUGGAGGAAACAGACAAAACAUCGAAGAAAAGGAAACGCAAACACAGUGAGCUCAACCACGGAGAGGUUGAUUUACAGGCCUCUCAUGAUAAGGUCAGGUCUGUGAUCCUGGAGGGAACUAAGUCCUUGGUGGAUUCUGCCCGAUCCCUCGAACAUCUAAACAGAGCGACCGGCCUGGUGAAGGAGCCUCUUCCUUCCCAUGAGUGCAGGCUUGUUGCUCUUUGUGAAAUGGCUAAAGAGCUCCCCCUAGUGGACGAGGAUGAGCAGGAGGAGUGCGUUCAGUCACUCGUGGCCGAAGACGGCCGCUCGUCACAUGUGGAUUUGUUCUCCCGGGUUACAGAGAACAGGGAUGACAGUGCGAGUGUAGUUACACUUCUGGGAGAGGAAUAUGUUAUCCCAUCACACACAGCCUUCCUGCUUUCUGAUUUCACAAGAAUACAACCUCUAGUUCACUAUGGGAGCAGGUUUGACCUGAUAGUUAUUGAUCCACCGUGGGAAAACAAGUCUGUGAAGAGGAGUCGGCGAUACAGUUCUCUGCCCUGCACCCAGCUGAAACGUCUCCCUAUACCCCUGCUGGCAUCACCCAACUGUUUAGUCGUCACCUGGGUCACAAACCGGCCCAGCCACCUGCGGUUUGUGCGCGAUGAGCUGUAUCCACACUGGGGGGUAGAAGUUGUUGCCGAAUGGUUCUGGGUCAAGGUCACCACAUCUGGACAGUUUGUGUUUCCACUGGAUUCACAUCAUAAGAAGCCGUAUGAAGUGCUGGUGCUGGGACGAUAUUCUUCUUCUGCAGAUAACUCUGCAAGUCCAUCAGAGACGUCAGUGGUUCCUGUGGAGGAUCAGCGUUUGAUUGUCAGCGUGCCUUCAGCGCUGCACUCCCAGAAGCCUUCACUUUCAGAGGUGUUGAAGCCCUACAUUGGAUCUGAAGCCAAACGCUUGGAGCUGUUUGCCCGAAAUCUUCAGCCUGGAUGGACAAGCUGGGGGAACGAAGUGCUCAAAUUUCAGCACACGAGCUAUUUCACUUUGUCACCUACCGAUGAGCCAGCGGGGUUUCAUCAAGACGAGACCCCGGACAACUUCACAACUUCUUCCUGUCACUGACAAAGAAUGUGAAGUAAUGAUGCACUGAGAAACCUUGUCAGUAUUUUGGAGCAUUUUUUAAAAUAAAGAUUCAGUACCAAAAUAUUUCUUUACCAGGUCUGUUUGAUCUGUUCUUCUCAUGUUUGCAGGACCUUUGAUUUCUUUUUUUAGGUCUGGGUGCAUGUUUCAGAUACUGAAUCACAGGUCUGUUGAUGCACUACUUGGAGAGAUGAAAGUGCAUUUCUAUGCAGCUAUGUUUUUCAAAUCUCCCGCAGUAGUCAGACAAACAACACUCAAGGUUUUUGUGAGUGAUCUUUGGCACAAUAUGUCUUAAGGAGAAUCAAA